AUGGAUCCAACUGUCCCAAUCCAGGAGACCAAUAUUACAACAAAGAAUGGAAGUUGUCAAAUCUUUUAUCCAACAAUCAACUUGGAGCUCUUGAUGCCGGACUUAUUAAUAGUCAUCAUUGCCCUAGUUGGAUUGGUAGAAAACGGUAUUGUGAUCUGGCUCCUGUGUUUCCAGAUGCGGAGGAAUACUUUCUCAGUCUACAUCCUCAACUUGGCAGGCUCUGAUUUUCUUUUCCUCUUUGUCCAGCUUAUCUACCACCUGGGGAGACUUAUCAGUAGCUUUGAUGUCAUGGCUGCCUUCAUCAACAGAUUUGUUAUCUUCAUGAGGAAUUUGGCCUAUAUCACAGGUCUGAGCAUUCUUAGUGCCAUCAGCACUGAGAGAUGCCUGUCAGUCCUGCUACCCAUCUGGUACCACAACCAACGCCCAAAACACAUUUCAGCUAUUCUGUGUGCCAUGCUCUGGGCUUUGUCCCUGCUGUUAACCACACUGAAUGAGAAAUACUGUGGCAUCCUAUUUGGCAAUUAUGAUAGAAAUUUGUGGCGGCAGAUUAAUAUCAUCAUAGCUGUUUGGCUGAUUUUCUCGUGUGUGCUUCUCUUUGGGUCCAGCCUCAUCUUAUUGAUCAAAUUGUUGUGUGGUUCUCAGCGGAUAAAGCUGACCAGGCUGUAUAUGACCAUUGGACUUACCGUACUGGUCUUCUUCCUCUGCGGCCUGCCCUGGGGCAUCCACUGGUUCCUUUUAUACUGGUUUCUAGAAAAGCUUAAUAUGUUCUCCUACACACUUAACCGAACUAUGUAUGUAUUAGUCUGGAUCAACAGCUGUGCCAACCCUAUCAUUUACUUCUUUGUUGGCUCUUAUAGGCAGAAGCAACUGAAACAAAGAUGCACUCUUAAGUUUAUUCUGCAGAGGGCUUUGCAGGACAUCCCGAUAGUGGAUAAACAUGAAGGCAGCCCAGGGCUGGAGCGAUAG